AUGACCACCAUGGAUCUCCGUGUCGGUAACAAGUACCGUAUCGGCCGCAAGAUCGGUUCCGGUUCGUUCGGUGAUAUUUACCUCGGCACCAACAUUAUCUCCGGAGAGGAGAUCGCCAUCAAGCUCGAGAGCGUCAAGGCCAAGCACCCCCAGCUCGAGUAUGAGGCCAGAGUCUACAAGUCCCUCGCUGGCGGUGUUGGCAUCCCCUUCGUCCGCUGGUUCGGUACCGAGUGUGACUACAACGCCAUGGUCCUCGACCUCCUUGGCCCCAGUCUGGAGGACCUCUUCAACUUCUGCAACAGAAAGUUCUCUCUCAAGACCGUCCUCUUGCUCGCCGACCAGUUGAUUUCUCGUAUCGAGUACAUCCACGCCAAGUCCUUCAUUCACCGUGAUAUCAAGCCCGACAACUUCCUCAUGGGCAUUGGCAAGCGUGGAAACCAGGUCAACGUCAUCGACUUCGGUCUGGCCAAGAAGUACCGCGACCCGAAGACGCACUUCCACAUCCCUUACAGGGAGAACAAGAACCUUACCGGAACCGCUCGUUACGCUUCCAUUAACACCCACUUGGGCGUCGAACAAUCCCGCCGCGAUGACAUGGAGUCUUUGGGCUACGUCAUGCUUUACUUCUGCCGUGGAUCUCUGCCCUGGCAGGGACUGAAGGCUGCCACCAAGAAGCAGAAGUACGAUAGAAUCAUGGAGAAGAAGAUGACCACCCCCACCGAGGUCCUCUGCCGUGGCUUCCCCAACGAGUUUGCCAUCUACCUCAACUACACCCGCUCCCUCCGAUUCGACGACAAGCCCGACUACAGCUACCUCCGCAAGAUCUUCCGUGAUUUAUUCGUCCGCGAGGGCUUUCAGUACGACUACGUGUUCGACUGGACCGUUUACAAGUACCAGAAGAACGCCCAGGCCAUCGCUCAGGCUGCUGGAGCCACCCAGGAGGAGGAUGAGAAGGCUCGCGCUUCUCGCACCAACGCCGCUACUGCCGGCCGUGCCGCGAAGUGA